CUUUUCUAGAUAUGAUUGUUAAUUGGUUUGUCAGUUAGCACCAAAGCAUCCUGCAUUUCUCAGGAAAGAAUAUGCUUCUCCGGCAUGGUCACCUCACUAACACCUAGAGUUUCCCUAUAAAAUAUUACUCCCAUAAGGAACUAAGCAAGCUGCGCAUCGAUGGAGAAGCUAAUUUCGAGCAGAUGCGACUUGCAACACGUGCCAGAUUCUUACGUGCUGCCUCCAGAAAGCAGACCUGGCGAAGAAGAAUUUGCGCUCUGCAAAACCAUUCCGGUAAUCGACCUCGGACGAGACCGAGCAGAAAACGUCCGGCUAGUUCUAAAGGCAGGCCAAGAGUUUGGCUUCUUUCAGUUGACGAAUCAUGGGGUUUCAAAGAAGCUAAUGAGCGAUGUGUUGGAGGUGGCGGAGGAGUUCUUCGAGCUGCCGAAAGAGGACAAGGCAAGCGUCUACUCGGAAGACCCAAAGAGGAGCUGCAGGUUGUACACGAGCAUCGACUACGACAAUGAGAAGGUGCACUUCUGGAGAGACAAUCUGCGACACCCUUGUCAUCCUGUGGACGAACACGUUCAAUGCUGGCCCGAGAAGCCUGCUCGCUAUAGGGAGCUCGCGGGAAAGUACUCAGUCGAAGUAAGAAAGCUGAGCAUGUUGUUGCUGGAAUUGAUUGGGGAAGGCUUGGGACUAGAGUGUGGAUUCUUCGAACGGGAUGAGUUGAACCGAGUUCAACUAAUGGCUCUGAACCGCUAUCCUCCUUGUCCCAAUCCAAGUUUGACCCUCGGAUUGCCACGGCACGGAGAUGUGAAUCUCAUUACCGUCCUUCUUCAAGGGCCAGUGCAUGGGCUUCAAGUCCUCAAGGACGGACAGUGGCUUGCUCUUCAGCCUCUUCCCGAUGCCUUUGUGAUCAACAUAGGACUGGCUUUGCAGAUUAUCAGCAAUGGGAAGCUAAGAAGUGCAGAGCACCGAGUGACGACGAACAGAACAUUGGCACGGACAACAGUCACCACCUUCCUUCAUCCUUCUGGUGAUUGCAUGGUUGAGCCCGUGAAAGGGAUAAUCGAUAACCACAACCCAUCGCUUUAUAGAUCCUUCUUGUACAAGGACUUUCUAUCUACUUACAUAAAAGACACAUAUGAAGGAGAACCGCCCCUGAAGCGUUAUACCCUUUAGAAGGAAAAAUCUUACAGAAAUACCAUACGAAUUGUGCUGAAUUUGUUUUACAUUAUGCUAGCGCAAUGUCGGACUUUCCUUUGCUGCGAUAAUCCAAAUGGAAAACCAACAAAUUUCAUCCCUUUGAGAUACCGGGAAACUUUACUUUGUCAUAUGGUCCAUUGCAUUUUGUAUCACAAUGAACCAAGAUCCCUUUUAGCCUCUAAAGUUCGAGUAACUAGCAGAUUGACUAGUGAAAAUUCAAAAGUACUACACAAAGCUUGUCAGAGAACUGAUUCUCCAAGCUCUUUUCUAACCCUUAUUUGCUCUCAUGGAUUUGUCGCAACUACCUCGUCUUCUCCAAUUUACACAACCUACUAUACUGAGAAUGAACAAGAGGAUGCUGCGAGCUAAGAAUUGCAGAGCACCGAGUGACGACGAACAGAACAUCGGCACAGACAACAGUCUCUUCCUUCAUUGAACCUUCCGAAGAAUGCAUGACGGAGCCUGCGAAAGGGAUAAUCAAGAACCACAACCCACCGCUUUAUAGAUCCUUCUUGUACAAGGACUUUCGAUCUACUUACAUGGUAGACACAUAUGAAGGAGAACCGCCCCUCAAGCGUUAUACCCUCUAGAAGGACAAAUCUUACAGAAAUACUAUACGA